AAAAAAGUGAAAUCCUUUAAAAAGAAAACUCGAGAACUCGACAAUCGGUACUGCCUUUGCAAACGAAAUUAGAUUGAUUGCGCACCAGAACUCAGCCAUCAGUGUAGAGCUGCUGGGCAUUGAAUUCGAAUUAAUUUGGGCCCGAGCCUCCUGUAACACUACUCCACCAUAGGCAGCGGAAACCGCCUUAAGAGUGAAAUCAAAUGCGACCAUCGGCGAAGCACGGCGGGGCGGACAAGAAUCGCGGCAUCAGCGGUCACGUUCUUACCCUCCAUCAACGUCUUGAACAUGCCCUAAACCUCGGCACCUGGGAGAGCAAAGAGACAUGGUAUUGUCCGGACAUUGAGAUACAAAAACUUGUGCUUCGCGCAAUUGAUGCGUUCCUUGAAUGUAUCUCCAGUGAGACAUUACAAUACCCUCUUGUCAAGGAUUCAGCUGCUAACAUGGUCAGAGCAUUAAAAAGUAUACUAGAGUUCAAAAGUCAACCAAUAUUGAGGUUUGCCUCUAGUGUCACUGUCAAGAUGGUUAACGUUUUGCCAAACUCGCGCCUGCAACCUCAUGUUUCAGAUCUGAUCCUCCCUUUGGCAAAUCUGUUGUGUUCUCAACAACUUCAGGUUGCUAUGUCGAGUGCUACUGCCAUGAACAUUGUUUUAUAUAAACUAAGUUCUAGGCAUGAUGGUGAAGUUGGGCAGAUUUUGAAGGAAACAAAGGCAGUUGGUUAUAUUGUUCAUAACAUUAAGCAAUUUCGUGUUGAUGAUAAACCAAUUGAGUACUUUCAAGAGAUGGCUUCUGUUUUAAGUAAAAUAUUGCUGCGGUGGCCAUCUUUUAGAUUCAGUGUAUGGAACGAUUCUAUGUUCUUAAACAUUUUGGAUGCCGUCAAACUCAUGUCUGAAAAUUCAGUGAAAAUUGCUGUGCUUCAGUUAUAUUCUUCCUUAGUUCUAUGUGGCAAUGGAGCAGAUAAGCUUCUUGAAAAUGGGGAAGCACUUCUACAAAUGUUGGUUGGCUGCAUGGAAAGUUCAAUCACUAGUUCAGUCCGGUUAGAAGCAUUUAGACUUGCUCGAUAUUUAGCGUUCAGCAGAAGACGAUGCAUAAAAAUGAUGAGCAUAUGCUGUGAGUCCCUUGUCCAAGUUGUAACAAGCGCGAUGAACAGUUGGGUUUUACUGUCUGAUAAAUCCAAUAAAGACGAAUUAUCUGUUAUGGAGGAGGCAUGCCGUCUGGCGACUGUCACUCGCUGGGCAGGUGAUCACCACAGAUACUUUUGGAAAGUCGGCGUGGAUAGACUUCUCCUCCAUCUUCUUCUGGAAAAUUCUCCCGUAAUUCAUCACCUGCAGUGUAAUUUAUCUCUGAAUGAUCUAAUAUUUAUUGUGCGAGAAAAUUAUAAUUCCAAUCUGCUUCAUCCCUUUAGACCAUAUAUAUGGGAUAUUAUUGGAGGACUUGCAGCAAAUUGUAGCCCCAAAAAUAACAACUUCGAGUUGCACGGGAAUGAGCGUCACCUAAAUGUCCUUAUAAUAUGUUCAUGUUUGUCCUUUGCCCACUCACUUGGAACAUUGCGCCAUGUUUCCCAGACGGGUACAACGAAUAUGAGUGAAUGUGAAUCAGCAAGUAGGGCAGUUCUUAUGAUGGUUUAUUCCCCUUGCAAAUAUUUUGCAUCCCUGGCUAGGUCCAUACUAAGUGAGAUACUCAAGUUGGAGACUAAUGGUUAUGUUGGACACUUGCUACAGAUUCUGAAUGCUGGAUUGUCAGGAAACAAGUUUGGGCUUCCAGGAAACCUUCAACUUUUGUUGACGUUGAUGAGUUUGGCUUGCUAUUGCAGUCUACCAACUUAUCAGAAGCUCAUAAUUAGAUCCCAGGGGAUCAAAACUGUGGUGGAUUUCAUUGUGAGAUGGCUAAAUAGCCCUGUCCGAAUGAAAAGAGCAAGUAUGGUGCCUCAUUUGCGAGAUUCAUUCAGUGAUAAGACUUGUUGUUUCCCAUGUACAGAAGAUUGGGAAGGCGAGGACAUGCUUUUGCUUUUUAGCCUGUGGGUUCUUGCCGAGUUGCUACAACUCUCUACUUGUGUAGAACUUCGUCCAUUUUUUCACAUGGAAGAGCAUUCUGAGGCAAAAUUUAUUCAGAAAAUCCAGGGGAUAUGUGGAGACAAUUAUUCGCAUGGUUCAAGAUGGUAUGCUGCAUAUGUACUCAGCUAUUUUGGACAUUUUGGUUUACCGAGUAAAUUGGGAAACAGGAUUGGAAAAUUACUUGGUCAAAAGGAGCAUUCUGAUUUGAAGCUCGAUAUUAUUAACGAAGAAUCUGUCUUUGUUCAUGAAGUAAUUCUUACUGUAAGAUGUCCAUCAUUACUACCUCAUAGUGAAUCAGUUCCUAAAGAGGAAUCAACAAGCAGGCCUAAUGUAAAUCUGGAUACGGGGAGAAACAACAUAAAGGCAAUUCGUUUAUCAGCUCACGUGGACCAGCAGUCACUGUGGAAGUUGUUGGAAUAUGUUUACUCGGGAUACUUGCAAGCUAGUGCAGACCUUGCUAAGAAGCUGAAAAUAUUUGCGAGGCACUGUAAAUUGGAAUCUCUGAUGCAGCUCCUUAGUUGGAGAAAUCCAAAAUGGGAUGUCCCUGUAACAAGCUUUGAUCUUAGACCUGCGCUUGGGCCAGCUGGAUUUUAUCUUUCGGAUCUUAUUUUGGAAGCCGGCAGCACGCCUCAACUGGUCCAUUGGAAAUGCAAUGACUGCAGUGCUUUGGUUCCUCAUCUACAUGUUCAUAAAGUGAUAUUGGAAUCAUGUUGUGAUUAUUUGAGGGCCCUAUUCCAAUCGGGAAUGCAAGAGAGCCAUUUGGAAACCAUCAAAGUCCCCGUGAGCUGGGAAUCGCUCAACAAACUAGUCAGUUGGUUCUAUUCCGAUCUGUUGCCCGUCCCUGCUUUCGACUGUGUGUGGGAUAAUACGGCUCCAGAGGACAAACUUCUGCAAGUCCAGUCAUAUUUGGAGCUUUGUUGGCUUGCUGAGUUUUGGCUCAUGGAGGACCUUUAUGAAGAAUGUCAUAAUGUAGUCGUGUCUUGCUUAGUAUCUUCCAAGUACCUGUCUACCAAAUUUAUUCAAACUGCUGCCGAUUUCUCCCAAUGGAAAUUGGCUCAAGUGGCAGCUGAUCACAUGGCGCCUUUUUAUCACCAUCUACGCAAUUCCGGUGAGCUUGAUGCACUUGACGACAAUCUCAUUGAAAUGGUUGUACAGCUUGAGGGUUCACAAGGACUAAGUUGCCAGUUUUUUUUGCCUUAUGAUUGGUUGAGGUGGCUUCAUCCUUGGUGGGGUCCACGGCCUUCUCAUGCUCAAAUUGGAGCAUCAUUGGAUGAAGAUUGCACGGAGAGUUGGUGCAUGUUGAGGGAGGAAAGAAUCCUCCCCUCGCAGUCGGCUUGA